CCCCUGUCUCUCUCUCUCUCUCUCUCUCUCGAUAGACUUCUUCACCUCUGAAUUUCUCGGUGUUGGAGCAAUGGCGUCGAAUCUCCUGAAAGCCCUAAUCCGAUCGCAGAUUCUCCCAGCUUCGAGGAGGAAUUUUAGUGUGGCCACCACUCAACUCGGCAUCCCGACAGACGAUCUAGUCGGCAACCACACCGCCAAAUGGAUGCAGGAUAGAAGCAAGAAGUCACCAAUGGAACUGAUCAAUGAGGUUCCACCUAUCAAAGUUGAUGGAAGGAUUGCUGCUUGUGAAGGAGACACCAAUCCAGCCCUUGGUCAUCCAAUUGAGUUCAUAUGCCUAGACCAAGAUGAGCCUGCGAUUUGCAAGUACUGUGGCCUUCGUUACGUCCAAGAUCAUCAUCACUAAGGCAAAUUCUGAAAGAGAAAUCACUAGUCUCACUCCCUUUUAUUAUUGCAUUUUCAAAGUUUGUGUAUUGUUUUCCUGGUGUGUCGACAUCUUCAGCUAUAACAUAUAAUAAAGGAUUCGAUUGAAGUCGGGUAUUGUUUCAUCCUCACUUCAGCAUUCAUCAUUUUGUAACAUCCAAGAUCUGAUAUCACUAUUGUAUUUUCCAUGCUUCUGAGCUCAUAAAAAGCUUUGGGGUUUGCACUA